CCAUUGUUGCAGUGCAGCUAAAACUAUCGCGUUUCGACGACCCGCAAGCAGUUGGGAGGGAAUUUGCGUGGUGUUUUUUGCAAGGUUUCUGGAUAGAUUCUUCAUCAAUCCAUCCGUCUGCGUUGCGUAUCGUGCGGCUCGACAAAAAGGAAUCAGUAAAGGCACGGAAUCAGAGCCUGUAUCGUAACGCCCCGUUUGGAAGAGAGGAACGAUGUACACCGCGCAAAGCUGAAGUGGGAAAGUGGAAAACAAAAAAGCAAUAAAAAAGAACCUGGCACCAUUAAGCGUUGGGCUAAGAAUGGCGAUUGAUGGUCGGCACUAGGAAGCAAUGUACUGUAAUCAUUUAUUAGGAACAUCAUUCGAAACGAAACAAAUCUAUGACCCUCGAUGUAUCCAGCCCGAUCCGACUGAGUGUGACAUUGAACGUGGAAAAGCCAAAAAGGUCACAAUUGCAGGCGGUUACCAUUGAAUUUCCUCCGGGGGACAGGGCCACCAAAUUAAUUGCACAACGAACCGGUUUGUAAAAAAAAAACGACGAACCGAACGAAAUUAUCCUGCCCGUAAGCAUUUCCGGAGAACGGUCCGGCACGGUGGUUAGCACAGAGGUUUUUUUUCGUGAAACCCGUACCAAAACGCACACGCACCCAAAGCAAGGCAUUUUAAAGGAUUGAGGGACGCAACAGCUGCUUCAAGCUGAGGCACGUAUAAAGGCAAUGCCAUCGGCGGUUAGUGGCGGCGGAGGAGGUCACGGCGGCGGUGGUGGUGGAGGUGGCGGUGGCGGUGGCGGCAAUAUGAAUCCGCAGACGAACGAGGAGUGCGGCAUACGGGACGUGUGGCGCCACAACCUGGACGAGGAGUUCCGCACCAUACGGCUGAUCGUGCAGAAGUACCAUUACGUCGCGAUGGACACGGAGUUCCCGGGUGUGGUCGCCCGGCCCGUCGGUGAGUUCCGGUCGUCGGCCGACUACCAGUACCAGAGCCUGCGGUGCAACGUGGACCUGCUGCGCAUCAUCCAGCUCGGGCUGACGUUCAUGGACGACGACGGGCGCACGCCGGCCGGUUUCUCCACCUGGCAGUUUAACUUCAAGUUCAACCUGAGCGAGGACAUGUACGCGCAGGACUCGAUCGACCUGCUGCUCAACUCGGGCAUCCAGUUCAAGAAGCACGAGGAGGACGGCAUCGACCCGCAGGACUUUGCCGAGCUGCUGAUGACGUCCGGCAUCGUGCUGAUGGACAACAUCAAGUGGCUCAGCUUCCACUCCGGCUACGACUUUGCCUACCUGCUGAAGCUGCUCACCGAUCAGAACCUGCCGGCCGAGGAGGGCGACUUUUUCGAGCUGCUGCGGAUCUACUUCCCGACCAUCUACGACGUCAAGUAUCUGAUGAAGUCGUGCAAAAAUCUCAAGGGCGGCCUGCAGGAGGUGGCCGACCAGCUGGAGCUGCGGCGGGUCGGCCCCCAGCACCAGGCCGGCUCGGACUCGCUGCUCACCGGGAUGGCGUUCUUCAAGAUGCGAGAGAUGUUCUUUGAGGACAAUAUUGACAAUGCCAAGUACUGUGGGCAUCUGUACGGGCUCGGCACAUCCUUCGUCGCGAACGGCAACAAUUCGGCACCGGGCGGUGGUGGAAGCGGCGGCGGUGGUGGUGCCGGCAGCGGCGGCAACAGCGGUACGGGUGGAUCGGGCGGCACCGGCGGUGGUGCUUCCUCCGGCACGGGCGGCAACAGCGGCAACAGCAACACGACCGGAGGCAACAGCGCAAACAACAACAGCAAUAAUCGUACUAUUUCUUGCAGGUAAACCGGAGCGGUAGAGCCAGCCAGGAGAGGGGAAUGGAACCGUGUCUAGGAGGCGCACAAUCCCAUAACCCACAGCACGGCACACCCGUGAUUGAGGAGCAGUCUCUAUGUUUUUCGCGGAUUCGAUCAGCGCUGGAUUCGAACAACGUGUGCCGGUCAUCAGCCAUCCCUUGUUGCGUCGUGGUCGUGCGCAGGAACGAGCGUUUCCGGGUUGGAUUGGCUUCCAGCGAAUUGUUAAAAAAUCCUUCCCUGUCCACACACACAUACACCGCUUGGGAGUGAUUGUUGCUGCAGACGAACCGAUUACGAUAAGACAUACAAAGUUUACGACCUUGACCCUUUGCAAAGUGAUUAAGUGUAGAAAAUGGGAAAAAUUCAGCAGGUGUAAUAAUAAUAAAAAAAACCACAUACACAGUUGUCAA